UAACUCCGAUAUACUAUAGUGUUUCUUCAACUCUUAUGUAAAGCCGUCAAUUUGAACUCGCGCACAAGACAUUUCGAUUCUCUUCGUAUCUCUGAGAUACCGUCCUAUCGGUUUCGCCCAGUCAAAAGGAGUUCCUUGUUGGAGAGACUGAGGGGGGCAGUGAGAGUUGGGCGAAUCAGAGCGUCUAAUAUGGACAACCCACGGAUUGCGCCGAUGCGCAAUAACGCAGUCCUGCAUCUGCAGCCUCAUGCGACAACCCUUAUAUGAAUAUAUAUAACAUUGUAACCCCAGUCUUGCUCAUUCUUACUUUGAAACUUCUUAAUCAACUUUACCCUUAUCACCACUUACCUUUAGUCACUCCUUUUCUCUUUUAUCUCAAUAAAACCAUUGCCUCUUUGGUUCCCGAAUCUCAAAGCAAACCCAAACAAUCUCAACACAGUCUCAUAUCAGAUCUCAGGAAUCCUAAAUGAUUUGUCAGUUGGUUCGUGGGAACCUUAUGGAAGUCUAUACAUGGAACUGCUGCGACUGCAACCACGAUCGUCAUGGAUAAAGAGUACGAUCACGAUAGGGACGGCCCAGAGUGUAAUAACUUAGAAGGCUGUCCAUGGUCUGGACGCCCGCCACAGCUGAGUGCUACAAAUUUCACGACAAAUCAAGCGGGACAGACCUAUAUCGACGACGAACAGCGUGUUUCCCCCUCUCCUCUCUCCACCCAACUCACCAUGUCAACGUGUAGAAGUCUUGACUCUAAAUCAAGAUCCUUUCUACCAUCAGAUAAAAUCGAUACCAUAGCGCCACAACUAGUAAAGGAAGAGCUCAAUAGAGCUAUGCCAACACUCAAUGAAUCUGUCCUCCACGUCUAUACCGCCCAGAUUCUGGGUAUCACAAUCGACGAUGCUACGGGCCAGGAAAAUAACUCUAAGAAGUCGAGCCUCCAGUUACAAGGACUAGAGGCUCGACUUCUAAAAACGUUUAUAACCCUAGUACUCAUUGGCAAAGUUGAAGCGAUCCCAUUAUUUAUUAUCUGCGGAUUUACGGAUUCCUUGCUUCCGAUCGGUCACGCUCACUUCCAAAAUGAAAAAGCAUCGCGACCUUAUCCCUCGUCACUGGUAUUACUAGUCACACGGUGUUUUGAUAAAUGGAAAAUUUCUAGUAUCGACGCCUUUAUAAAGACUCAAUGGGUAGUCCUGUCCCCAUUUCUCAGCGCACCAACGACAGAUGUCUCUCUCUACGACUUCUCCGCGCAAACUAUCCUCCCCAUUUUCGGCGACGACGCCGCUGCCACGUCCUCUAUCAAAAUUGGCGGCUACAGCACUGUUCGAAAAGUUAAAAUCCAUCAUCGACAUCACAAUUUUGGGGAUAAUCAGGACAAUCAAUACUUCGCUCUGAAAAAACUUCGCUCCCAACAUAUUGAAGACUUUCAGCGCGAAGUAACCGCUUUAAGGCCAUUCGUGGUCUUCCCACAUCCGCACGUUGUCAAACUUCUGGCAGCUUUCCGGCAUGAAAGUUCGUUCUAUCUGCUCUUCCCAUGGGCUGAAGGGGGAAGCUUACACUCUUUCUGGAAAGAAAAUCCAAAACCAGUCCCAGAUACAUCUCUCUCAAGAUGGAUCUCAGAACAAUGUCUUGGAAUUGCCACUGCGCUGUGUCAAAUCCAUCGUGGCCACUCUACACUUGAGACGAGUUCAUCACACUACGGGCGGCACGGAGAUAUAAAGCCUUCGAAUAUUCUAUUAUUCCAAGGGAAUAUUCGUAGUAAAAAUCAUGUCUGGGCGCUCGGCGACUUUGGUCUUGGUACACUAAACCGCCAGAAGGAAGGAAACAGAGGUGACCACCCCAUCGGAUUCUCGCCCACUUAUAGGGCCCCGGAACUUGACAUAAAAGGGACAAUUGACAGCGCUUACGAUAUUUGGUCCCUUGGAUGUGUUUUUCUUGAGCUUGUCACUUGGAUGCUUCGCGGGUGGGAAGGGGUCACGUCUUUCGCCCUCUCUCGAGUUGACAUAGAUCAACGAACUGAUAAAGCGGGGGAUAGAGACGACGGGUUCUUUAGGAUCGUGGCAAGACAAGGAGAUUCACCAGAUGCACAGCUCAAAACAAGCGUUGUUCUAUGGAUCAAUAAUCUCACCACGGCGAAGACAACGAGUCCUUAUAUUACGGACUUGGUGAACCUUACGCGCGAUGACCUGCUAGAUACUAAUAGGGAAACGAGAGCUAGCAUCUCACGGGUUGUGGAGAAGCUUCGGUGUCUUCGACAGAGAUGUUUAGAGGACCCAACGUACACGGUAGCUAUUCCGCGGCCUCGCAAACCGCCGUGGCCAACCCGAAAGCUCACAAGCCUUCACCAAACCAACUCUUCAGUAUUGAAAAGCAAAACCCAACCAAUAAGUUUCAAGAUGGACCAACUACCAAGCUCUAACGGGCUGGAUCUCACAGAUUCAACAACAGUACCCCGUCAGGGUCCCUUUUGGCCCAACUUCAGUGAGCCUUAUGGCAAAGAUGAUGAAAUCGCAUUAUUCAGUUUUCCCUCUACCGAUAUGAUGCCUAUAGAAGGCCUAUCAGGUGGCCGUCAGUUCGACUUACUAACCCAUCGGUAUAUCCUCCCUAAGGGGCAGACUUCUUCUACUCAAAGUACUCUCAUGGAUCCAAAAAGCCGGAGACGGGUCUUCGACGAUAUGACCGGUCACGAAAACAUAAGCCAUGAGCCGAAAAAGAAAAAGGUGCGCAAGAAAGGGGCUACGCUGAUGCAGAAUGUUUCCAAGGAUAAACCGCCAGAUAUUCCGGAGCAGAACUCAUCCCAAGCGGCCCGUUAUGAAGUCGUAGAGCCGUCGGGACCCGAUGUAGAGGGGAAACUAUUCGCUUGUCCAUUCUACAAACAGAAUCCGGGGAAGUAUAACACGAAAGCCUGGAAGGCGUGCGCCAUACCCGAAGGCCGAACGAUAAAUAGACUAAAAGAGCAUAUAUACCGUAAUCACUGCUCCGCCCGCCGUCGGUGCGACCGUUGCUUCUCCGAGUUCGAGAACAUGUACGAUCUCCAACAGCACCGUCGUUCGGAGACGCCUUGUCCAAUCCAAGAUUCUCAUAACUGUAUCGACACUAUUGAUGAAACACAGAAAGGCGAGAUCCGGAAGAAACAGCGCGGGAUAUCGGAGGAGGAGAAGUGGAAGAAGAUAUAUAGGAUCAUAUUCAAACUAGAUCCGACAUCCGAAGUCCCAUCACCUUACUGCGAUGCGAUUGAACAGGAAUCUAGCGCAGGAGAUAACCAAGACAGCACUGACACACUUGCCAAGUUCGAGGCUUUCCUUCAUCAUCUAGCAGAUGAUGACCAGCAGAAGGCAUCGGAAAUUAACAGCUGCCUCAACCUCGUCAAGCGCUUUCGUGGAGAACACGCGCAAGACCAGCCAGUAGGGACCACGUUACCCGAGAUGCCGUGUCUAACCUGCGACUAUUCCGACGAUACCACCUGGACAUCCGAGUCGCAGGGGUUUCCAUCAUCAACACUAACAACCAUAGACGACGACACACAUUCUACCAACUUCUCCACUGCCGGCACGGAUCAGCUACCCGCUCCUCCAUUCUGGGAUGACGCGUUCGCGGCUCAUUUCAACAAGGUCUUUUCGUCGGAUAAACCAUAUAGUUUCCCGGAUACUCUCGACUUGACGGAUGAUGGUGGGAUGUUACCAGGGGGGUAGUUGAAGCCGCAUGUCCUCUGUUUUUAGACGUGAUUUCCCCUUUUUAUGUCGAGAUACCAGUUAUGGGUGUAUGUGCUGUCUUUGCAUGGGAUAGGGAGAAAAAAGUACCGGUUUUAUAUGGGAGGAUUGGUUUCUAUUUCCUCCGAGGAUAUCAUGAGUUAUGACUAUGGGCUGGGAUUUUCAAUAUGGGGUUUAUUUUUUAUUUAUUUUUUUAUGUCUCUUAAUAUAGGUGUAGCGGUGCGAAUAGAAUUACUUACAAAUAAGUCGCGAGGUUUAUCGUAGGUUUUGUUGUAGUGCAUUGUUUUGAGUACCUACUAUGUCAAUCGUAUUCCUUUUUUUAACUAUAUUAUAAGGGUACUUGGGGAUUAUCAAUAUCCGCCUUUAAAGAUCGAUGCAGAUGUUUACA